CAAUGGCGGCGGUGUGUGACACUGAAUCGGUGGACGGUCCAUAUUAUUUAGAAAAAGUAUCCAUUCCAGGUGAAUCUGAAGAUGGAUUUGAGUAUGAAGAGAUUAGUGUCGAGGAAGAGAGUGUGGCUGAAGAGGAAGAUCUGGAAUUUACAGCUGAAGUUCUACAUAACCGCACUACAGUCUCUGAGAUUGUUCCAGACCUGAUACCUUCCUCAUCUCAAGACUUACUAAGCCCCAUUCCUGAAGUUGUGGAUGAUUUUAUUCGCAACUUCCUCAUGAAAAUGGGAAUGACCCGAACAUUAAAUUGCUUCCAAACAGAAUGGUUUGAGAUGCUACAGAAAGGAAAAAUUAACAAGGAAGGAUUUCCAGACGUUCCUGAUAUCUAUAUACACAACCAGCUCUUGGAUAAUGGGCUGAAAAAUGUCCAGAGAGAGCGAGAUAGCUACAAGCAGGCAGCCUCCCAAGCCGCAGAGACUAUUGUAAAGCUUCAGAAAGAACGAGACUUCCACCGGCUGCACCACAAGCGUGUCGUGCAAGAGAAAGACAGACUGACUGAGGAAAUGCGAAAGCUGAAAAAGCACUACGAAUCCUACGGACCUGCUCUGAAACAACUCAAUGAGAAGUUCCAGACAGCUCUGAGGCAAAAGAUGCUGGUCACCAUUGAGAAAGACAAAGUCUCCAGUCGAGUUCAAAAGCAAGAAGGCAACGUGUGUAACACGCACUCCUCCACAGGAACCCGCAGGGCGCCGAUAAAAAAUGAAUUUCACCGAGGACAUGGUCCCGAGCAAGGUACCAAGGUAUCAGCGAAUGAGGUGGGAACCUGUGACCCUGCCAAAGAACCAACCAAGAGCACGACUACCAAACAUUUGAAAGAUUCAGAGUUUCCAGCCAACACACGUAUAAAUCCCUUCCUGCCCCAAAUUAAAGCUCUAUCUGCUCAAAGCGACAAAACAUCCAGUUUCUCCUUGCUCAGGUCCACCAAAGCUCAUACAAUGUCUGUGAGCUCUCUUGCUCUCCAUCCACGCAAAAUGCUUGUAGCUUCUGCAAGUGAUGAUCACCUCUGGAGGCUUUGGGGAAUGCCAGAAGGGGAGAUGAUCAUGACUGGAGAAGGUCAUACUGACUGGCUGUCUUCUUGCAACUUUCACCCCAGUGGACAAUUUUUGGCCACCACCAGUGGAGACACUACAGUAAAGAUCUGGGACUUUGCGAAAUCCUGCUGCGUGCUGACUCUUGAAGGCCACACACACGCCAACUGGGGAUGUUCCUUUCACUCCUGCGGAGACUUUGUAGCCUCCUGCUCUAUGGAUACCACGGGAAAAGUUUGGGAUCUGUUCAGCGGGCGCUGUCGCUACACCCUGCGGGGCCACAUGGACUCGGUGAACAGUAUUUGCUUUGUUCCAUUCUCUAACAUUCUCCUCACCUGCUCUGCUGAUAAAACCAUCUCACUGUGGGACGCCCGUACCGGACUCUGUGCUCAAACGUUCUACGGGCACAGAUACUCAUGCAACAGUGCGACCAUUAACGCCAUGGGAGACACGAUUGCUUCCUGCGAUUCCUAUGGCAUCGUAAAAUUAUGGGAUGUACGGUCCAUACUGGACAUGGCGACUGUGGAUACCGGACCACACCCUAGCAACCAAGUGGCUUUUAGUCCAAAUGGGCACGUGCUAGCGGUCGCAAGUAACAACCAUGACGUGAAGCUGGUGGAAGUGGCGUCUUUAAACGUGUCCAGCCUUUUAGGUCAUAAUGAUGCUGUUCAGAGUGUGGUUUUUGACCAUAAAGGAGAACACCUUUUCUCUGCUGGACAUGAUGGAGACAUUUUCAUCUGGUCAUAAUAUUUGCAGUGAUUGUUGAAGUAGGUUGAUCAAUUAUGUAUGACAUGAAAUGGUCUAUAAAAUGUAUUUGCGUAACACGAUGAGUGACAUUUCUGUUGAUGAGAGAUCAAUAAAUUGAUAGAAAUAGGAA